GACUCUGAGCUGAUUUCGCUUUCGCUCAGACGCUGUGGGAGUCAGAGGGACGGUCCCGGAACUAGUGCAGCCGGGCACUCUGAGUUAAUCCGAAAGCGCCGCCAGCCCCGCGGCCCGGACGACCGCACGUGUCACUGAAAAGCUGAUGCAGUGGGAGACAGACAGAGAAAGCAAGAGCCCUCGUCCCGGGAAAGUCCUGCCGCGCCUCCAGGCAAUUAUAAAAAUGUGGCCCCCUGGAUCAGCUGCCAACGCCGCCUCACCUGCUGCGCCCACCGGCCUGCAUCCAACUGCCGCUCGGGGUCCGCACAGCCGGCUCAACAUGGGUCCUUCGCUCAGCUUCCUACUUUUGGCCACCAUUGUCCUCCCAGUCCAUCUCAGUUGGGCCAGGAGCCUCCCUAGGGCCACAACGGUCAGAGAAACGUUCCAGUGCCUUAACCACUCCCAAACCCUGCUGAGCGCAGUGAGCAGCACGCUUCAAAAGGCCAGACAAACCCUAGAAUUUUACUCCUGUACUCCUGAAGAGUUGGAUCAUGAAGAUAUCACAAAAGACAAAACCAGCACAGUGAAAGCCUGUGUGCCACUGGAACUAGUCAAGAAUGAGAGCUGCCUGGCUUCUGGACAUACUUCUUUCAUAACUAAUGGGAGUUGCCUGACUUCCAGAAAGACCUCGUUUUUGAUGACCCUGUGCCUUAAUAGUAUCUAUGAGGACUUGAAACUGUACCAGCUGGAGUUCAAGGCCAUGAAUGCAAAGCUUUUGAUGGAUCCUAACAGGCAGAUCUUUCUAGAUCAAAACAUGCUUUCAGCUAUUGAUGAGUUGAUGCAGGCCCUGAAUGUCAACAGUGAGACUGUGCCACAAAAACCUUCCUCUGAAGAACCAGAUUUUUAUAAAACUAAAAUCAAGCUCUGCAUACUUCUUCAUGCUUUCAGAAUUCGUGCAGUCACUAUCGACAGAAUGAUGAGUUAUCUGAAUUCUUCCUAAAAGGCUGAGGGCUUUCCCAACCUCAGUGUCACUUUUAUAAAAUUUGACCCAAAGAAAUUUUAAUAAGCUGGGGUUAGGAACUGGGGAGGCAGAGGGGGACACCUGGUCAUACUUACACUCCUACAAGAGUCCUCUAGCUUCUGUUACAUUAGUGUACCCUCAUUUGAAAGGUGGUGGUACUAUGUCCACACAAACCCUUUAAUCAAGCGACUUUCACAUUUAUACUUUAUUACUAAUAAGUAUUUUUUAAGUUUUUAUGAGCAAAUUGCUAGCAAGGGAAAAUGUCCUCCCUGAAUUUCUUUCUCUUUAAUAGAAGAACAAGAAUUGAUAAGCUAUUUCUCUACCAGUGUUCAGAGAAACACUCAUGCAUCAUUUAUUUAAAAUAUUUAUUGAUAUAUUUUUAUUCAUAAAAUUAUA